AUGUCAAAGAUCGAAGACUUUCCCAUUCCCAAAAAUGAUGUCAUUUUGCGCGUCUGCAAAGGACUAACCGUGCCGUACGCCCCCGUGUGGAUAAUGCGCCAAGCGGGUCGCUACCUUCCUGAAUUCCAAGCUGUCAGGAAAGAGCAUGACUUCUUUGAAAUAUGUCGCACCCCUGAUCUGGUCUGCGAAGUGACUCUCCAACCUAUUCGCCGUUUUAAUCUUGACGCGGCUAUUAUAUUUUCGGAUAUUUUGGUCAUUCCACAGGCUCUUGGCAUGGAAGUGGUUAUGGACCCAGGCGUUGGACCGCAGCUUCCCUCCUGCUUGAACACUCCAAAGGAUUUGGCACGUCUAGACUGGUCAGCGGAUGUAAAGUCCCAUUUGGAUUACUUCUACGAGGCAGUGAGGCUAACGCGACAUAGGCUGGAAGGUUGUGUGCCGCUUAUUGGUUUUGCAGGGGGACCCUGGACCAUUAUGACCUACAUGAUUGAGGGUGGGGGUUCUAAGACCUUUCUUAAAUCAAAAAGAUGGCUCUAUGCGUACCCCAAACCCUCUCAUCGUCUUCUUGGACUGCUGACCAGAACUAUUACUGAUCAUCUAGUUCACCAGGUCCUAGCUGGUGCGCAGCUUUUGCAGGCAAGUUCUGUUUCGCUGGCUUGGAGUCUAAGUAGAUAUUACAGGCAAGGCAAGUGUAUAUUUGAGUCGCAUGCUGGAGUCCUGUCAUCGCACCUCUUCAAUGUCUUCGUAUUGCCCCAUUUGCGACAGAUAUAUGCAGGUGUACGCAGUCGUCUACAGAACUUGCACGGCUUCUCUGCAGAUGAAUGCCCACCUAUUAUAAUGUUUGCUUUGGGUGGAUAUUAUGCUCUUGAGGAAAUUGCUUCUGUGGGCUUCGAGGUAAUUGGCUUGGACUGGACCACCGAUCCAAAGUGGGCAAGACAGGUCAUUGGUCCAUCGAUUACGCUUCAGGUAAGUUGGGCCACUUUUCCUACGAUUUGA